AUGCCACCAAAGAAAACGCCGAAACCCGGAUUAUUGCAAUUUUUCGCGAAACAGCAACAGGAAAAGUAUCAGAAUAACGCAAGAUCAUCAGAUAAUCAAUUGGACGACGAAUCGUGUCAGAUUCUUUUCGAAAAACCCGUUCCGAGCACAUCGAGCGUCAACACAACACCGAAAUCAGCAACAAAAUGGUCGACGACAUUGCAGAAAAGUGCUGAAAAGAGAAUGGGAAGAGAUUGGCAGCAUCCGUUUCCAAUUAAAGUCGGAAGUGCGAAGAAAGCGAACGGAAACGCUAGUAAAUCGGAUCUUCUUGCGAAUGGAUUCGAUGGAAUACACGGAAAUGGAAUAUUCUAUCCAAUCGAUGAACCUAUUCGGAAUUUCGAGUUAAAUCUUCUGAAAUGCACUGCCACGUCGAAUUGCUGUAUCGCUCUUCCUGCAUCAGCGUCGUCGUCUUCUGGAAGAAUUUGCGCUAUGACUGUGUUCAAUUUUUUGAAAUGGUUUCCCCGUUGCCGCAUUCUUCUCGUCACCGCUUCUGACAGCUGGCUCACUUCUCUACGUCAAUUGGGUCUCGAAUCGCAAACGACGAAGUUCACAACGAUGACGCAGUUUAAAAAUAUGAAGAAAGAGUCUGGAAGGAUCAUGAUGUGCGCAACACCGCAGUGCGCUUUGAAAAUCUUGGAAUCUUCGGAAUCUCUGGAGUUUCUAGACGAGAUUCGGCUCGUUAUAAUGGAGCUAAAACCCAGUGAAUGUUGUUCGAAAUAUAAACCAAUUAUUAAUGCGCUGACUGUUAAAGAUGUAUUCUUCCGAUGCGUCGUUCUCACCACUGCAACAUCGAACACUUCUCGUCGGACAGCUUCAAUCACAAAACGGCAGAUUAUGAUAACAAAUUUACACUUAUCAGAUUGGAUUGAACAGUCGGAAACUGAUUUUUCCUUUCGAAAUUCGAAUAUUCCUGCGGGAGUCGAAGUGAAGACGUGGAAAAUAGAAGAGAAUUCAAUGAAACUUCAAGAAAUUAUCGAAAAAUUCGAGAGUUUUUGCGAGAAACCGAUUGAUGAGCUAGCCAGGCUAUCAAUUUUACCAUCAAAAAGUAUGAAGAAAAUGAUAUUCACAUGUUGGAAAUCAAUGAAACAAUCAAAUACACAAGAAAUCGAUAAAUUAGAAACUGCUGAAUUUUUGAUUACGGCUUACAAGACACUUCUAAUCGAUGGAGUUGUGGCUUCGAGGAAUUAUGUUAAAAAGGAAGCGGAAAACACGAAACUUCAGGAAUUGGCAAAGAAAAUUUUAGAUCCAUCGAUUCUCGGAGGAUUUUCCGAAUUUCCCUCGAAAUUUCAGCAUUUAUCGAAUUCAAUCGAGGCGUUUCUUAAAAUGAACAAUCACGUGCUUGGAGUAAUCUUAUGUCGAGACUCUGAUCAAGGGAUCGAAAUUCAAAAUUAUCUCGAUUUACAGUUGGCAACCCGAUGUACUGUACUUCGAAUUAUCGAGGAAGGAACUCAUCCGGCGAGAAAUUUAUGGAACAUUCAGAGAAUUUCAACUGUUUUCCUUGAUCGAAAAGCCCCGAAAAUCGUGAUUCUACCUGUAAAACUUCGAGAUUUUAUCGGCCACUCCGAUGGUUUGCCCUUGUCUGAAGUCACAUUUAUUGCUUCUGUUUCUCGAGAUUGUACUUUUAAUUUUCGAAGAUUUGGUGGCGCGUAUCUAUUGCUUGCUAACGACCCAUUGGAGAUGUUGGUUUUUUUCUUACGCAAAAAUGGCUGGAAUAAAUUUAUGAAUUUCCAGAUACGAUUCAAAUUUGAACCUUCACGAUUACGAAUCGACGUUGCUCAUCUGCCGAUGCACUUCUUUUAUCCCAGAGAAAUGGGCGAUUCACUUGAUGAGACAGCUGGAAUGAGUCGGCUUGGGAAAACCCAUAUCGAAAUGUCGCUGAAAGAGCACGCGGAGCUCUACAAACGCCUUCAGAAUCCUGAUUUUUCCUCUUUCCAACGACGAAAACGACCGUUUUGGAUUUUGAAAGACCUGGAAAAUCCGAAUGAAAAAAGGUCGAUAGAAGUGGAUGAGAUGGAUGAUGAUCAAGUGAACUGGAAUCAAAAUUUGCAGUAUUUGGGUGAUAUCAGAUGGUCAAAAUUAUCAGAACGGUUCACCAAAUAUUUGAAAAACGGGCAUGUCGAAUGGGCGAUCAGUGAGAAGCGGCGAUUUGAAUAUGUCAAUGAUAUGUUACACUUCCCCGGAUCGUCUUCUCCAUCUGGAUCGACUCCUACGAAAUCUCGAUGCCAAUUUCGAGGUUUUAUCGAAGACGUCAUGACGCCGACGACGCUUCAAAAUCCGCUCAAAAUCGGCUCUUGUUCUUAUUUUUGCCCACAUUUUUAUACGAAUUUAUAUAUAAAACAUGCAUUAUUAUUAUCACACACUACAUCAGACUGA